GGCACGAGGCGCGCGGGUCCGGGAGCGCGCGCGACGCCAGCGACCUCGCUCGGGCCCAAGUCACCGCCCGCGUCCCCGGCUGAGGCGGCCGGCGUCGAGGGCGUGGCGGCUCCUCGCGGCCCCGGGCGGAAGGGUUCUGUACGCCCCAGGCCGCGCUCGUCGCCCCCGGGCCUCUCCCCUCGAGCGCACAGCAGUGUCUGGCAGAUAUCCUAGAACUUUACCUACAGAGAAGAUGCUUCGAGACACCAUGAAAUCUUGGAAUGAUAGCCAGUCCGAUCUCUGUAGCAGCGAUCAGGAAGAGGAAGAGGAGAUGGUCUUCGGUGAAAAUGAAGAUGACUUGGAAGAGAUGAUGGAUCUAAGCGACCUGCCCACCUCACUUUUUGCUUGCAGUGUCCAUGAAGCGGUGUUUGAGGUCCAAGAGCAGAAGGAGAGAUUUGAAGCUCUGUUCACCCUCUAUGAUGACCAGGUCACAUUCCAGUUGUUCAAGAGCUUCCGCAGAGUGAGGAUCAACUUCAGCAAGCCCGAGGCUGCAGCGAGAGCUCGGAUAGAGCUGCACGAGAGUGACUUCCAUGGCCAGAAGCUGAAGCUUUACUUCGCACAGGUGCAGGUGUCUGGGGAGGCUCGGGACAAGUCCUACUUACUGCCACCACAGCCCACCAAGCAGUUCCUCAUCUCCCCGCCAGCCUCCCCGCCAGUGGGGUGGAAGCAGAGUGAAGACGCGAUGCCUGUGAUCAACUACGACUUACUCUGUGCUGUCUCCAAGCUGGGGCCAGGGGAGAAAUACGAACUGCAUGCAGGAACCGAGUCCACCCCCAGCGUGGUCGUGCAUGUCUGCGAAAGCGAAACUGAAGAGGAAGAAGACACAAAAAACCCAAAACGAAAAAUCACGCAGACUCGGCGCCCGGAAGCUCCCACAGCCGCACUGAGUGAGCAGCUGGAUUGUGCACUGUGAGCCCAGCCACUGCACCUGUGCCUCCUGCUGCUACUGCUGCACCUGCACUGGAGCACAGCCACUAGAUGCUGCUGCAUCCAUCUGGCAGCAGGGUCAGCCUUGCCAGGCCAGAACAUGGGGUGAAGUAGCAGAUGCGGCCAGCUGUUUGAAAUUUUGAGCAAUGCUCCAAAUGGCACUUUAAGUGAUGAGGUCAGCCCCCACUGUGUGGCACCUGACUCCCCUCCCCAGAAACAUUAGUACCCCAGGACGUACCGCUCUUUGGGCACCGAAGGCCAGAAUUAGAGUCACCCAGUGCACUACUGUUUUUACAGAUUUAAAAAUUAGUCUCAUAAUUUCAGUAAUUUGGUGUAGGUAUUCUUUGUACCGGUGUGGUCAUGUCUAACAAAUACAUUGAGCAAAGGCUGAAUGUCGCUCAGUAUACAUGACCUUUUUUUGGCACGAAAAGAAACCUUAGAUCCAAAAUCAUUUGUAGAAGCCUUUUUUUCUUCAGUAUUUUUCCACUAGCCUUGGGGAUGAACUGCCAAAUGAGUGAGAUUAUCAGAUCCAAACGGCAUGCGCACACGUGUUCUUGGCUCUCCUCAGUAUCACUCUUGCGGUUGGUGGAGAUGGUGCCCAGAACCAUGCUCCCAGUGUAGCCCUCCCAGGCCUGGACCCUGCAAACAGGAUGUAUCACCGGGAAGCUUGGCUGGUGAUGAUACGGAGUUGCAGCCUGUGGAGGGUGGCUCUUCAGUUUCUCUCUUGACCAUCUUAGUGCUGGCUUGUCGCUGCCUGAGUUGUGCUAUGCUGUUUGUAGCUCUGUGAUGUUAGUCCAGUCUUAAAUUUCAGAAAAUAAUGAUAAGACUUUCUGAAGACCACUUUGAAUUGGGAGGUGUUUCAUUUUUUAUUUUCUUUGAAGACAGGGUUUCACUUUGUAGCUAGCUGGUUUAAAAAUCCUCUGUGCUCCUCCUGCAUUAGACCUUCAAGUGCUGGAAAUUACAGGGAGUGAGCCACCAUGCACUUCAUUCAAAUUUUUCCAUUCAAGUAUUCAACUGUUUGGGAAGAAAAAAGUCACCAGUACUUUUUCUUUGAGACAAGGUCGUACACUGUCUAGCCUGAGACCCACUAUGUAGCCCAGGCUGGCCUUGAGCCCAAGACCAUUUGUUCUCCUUCCUCAGCCACUUAAGUCAUGGAAUUGAAGGUAUAAGCCCUGUGUGCAGUUCAUGCUUCCCUUUUUAGUGAAAGUUUCCAGCUUGGCUUGCAGUUGACUUUCAGAUCUAACUGCUGGGAUAUGUGAAGGGACUGGGCACAGAACUAAGAAACCAGCUUGGCAACUACUGUAAAGGAAGAAAAAUAGACAUUGAAGCCAUGAUGGCUAUGUUCUUUGGGUGACAUGUUAGAGCUGAGUGUCUUUUGUGGUAGAAUUGAUUUCUGAAGAUUUAAACUGUAUUGCACACAAAUGUCUGACUUGUUAAAACAGGGUCUCAUACAGUCCUGGUUGACAUCAAACUUGGUACAUCUCAAGGACGACCUUGAAUUCCUGCCUCUAUCCCCUAAGUGCUAGGAUUGCAGAUGUGCCCCACAUCACCGACAACAGCAACAGGAAGGGAUGUCCUUGCCCUCAGAUGCUGAACUCUGUGUGUUUGCCUUUGGGAAUCCUCAGUGUGGAUUUGGUUGAAGAUUACGAUUCAUCCACACUGGUUUGUUGGACCCAAGUCAUCUUCUGUCAGGUCAGCUAAUAGGCUCUCCUUUGCACUUCUGAGCUCAGCAGUUUGCUUCUUUUGGUUGCAGGACAGACCCUACCUGCCAGCAAACAAGUGAAUCUUCAACAGUUGGGAAGUUUUUGUGUUUUGCAUUAUGCAAUACCAAUUCUCUCUAAUUCUCUUAAGUGAUCAAAACCAAUUUUUAGUCUUAGCUUUCAUUUCU